AUGCAAAACAAGAGAAGGAAAUUAGAUAUCCCAAUUGUGAUCAUAGAUAUCAGUAGUAGUAGUGAAGAAGAAGAAGAUGAUGUUGAUGAUGUUGAUUAUAUUGAUAAUUAUAACACUUCUAGUGAUGAUGAUGAUAGUUCUGAUAAUACGAAUUCGAAGAGGAAGAAAAUGAGUUUUUCUAAUAGUUGGAAGAAAGGGGAGUCCAAAAUGUGUCAUCAGUGUCAGAGGUCUGAUAAAGAAAGAGUUGUGUGUUGUUCCAAAUGUAAAGUGAAAAGAUAUUGUCUUGCUUGUAUCAAUAGAUGGUACCCUGGGAUGCUAGAGGAGGACUUUUUAAAAGCUUGCCCUGUAUGUUGUAACUUUUGCAACUGCAUAGCAUGUUUGCGGUUAGAUGGGACAGCAAAACAUUUGAUGAAUGUAGAAGUGAAGUUCAGUGAUGAAGAAAAACUUGAGUACUCUAAGCACAUUGUACGAUCACUUUUGCCUGCUUUGGAACAACUUAAUACCGAGCAAAUGAUUGAAAAACAGAUUGAGUAUCAGAUUCAAGCAUUGCCAGAUUCGGAGGUUAAAAUACCCAAAGCAAAUUACGAGAAGGACGAGUGUAUUUAUUGCAACUAUUGCAGUGAAUUUAUUGUUGAUUUUCACCGGAGGUGUUCUAGUUGUUCCUAUGAACUUUGCCUUACUUGUUGCAAAGAAUUAAGGAAUGACAACUUGCAAGCAGAUGCAUCCGAAGUGAGGAUGCAAUAUAUUUACAAUGGACGGGAUUAUUUGCAUGGUAAAGGUUGUAGUGUAGCUUCAGUCAAGAAUGGAACUUGUGGUGGAACGACUAAAGUUAAAAUAAGGGAUCAAACUAAGGUGGCGAUGACAUCUAAAUGGAAAUCCGUGGAAAAUGGUGCCAUUCCUUGCCCACCCAAAGAUAUGGGAGGCUGUAGUAACGGAACAUUAAAUUUGAGAUGUAUAUUUUCUGAGAAUUGGAUAUCGCAGCUGUUACUCAAAGCUAAAGAAAUAUCUCAAAAAUGUAAAGUGAAGGAAAUGUAUAAUGAUUCAGAACUGCACUACUCCUGUUCAAAAUCUAACGGUGAAAAUGGUACUUAUGGUGGCAAGCUACGUAAGGCAGCUGCACGGGAAAGUUCUGAUGAUAACUAUGUAUUCUGUCCAGCAGCUGUGGAUACUCGGAGUGCAAAUUUGAGGCAUUUUCGUCUAUAUUUAGCUAAGGGUGAACCAGUUGUUGUAACUAACGUCCAUGAUAAUGCGUUGGGAUUGAGCUGGGAACCUAUGGUAAUGUGGCGUGCUUGUCGACAAACCAAGAAGGCUACUGAUGUUUUAAAUUGCUUAAAUUGGUGUAAGUUGGAAAAGAACAUACACCAGUUUUUUAUAGGAUACACGGAGGGUCGCUUUGACAGUUACGGGUGGCCUCAACUCUUAAAGUUGAAUGACUGGCCGCCAUCAGGUCUAUUUGAUGAGCAGCUGCCGCGUCAUGGUGCUGAAUUUUCAAGUUGUUUACCUUUUAUGGAAUAUACACAUCCUCAAUAUGGCUAUCUCAAUCUUGCUCUAAGACUUCCUGAUAACUGCGUGAAGCCAGAUUUGGGGCCUAAGGCAUACAUUGCUUAUGGUUUUCCUAAGGAGCUUGGACGUGGAGACUCAGUCACCAAACUACACUAUGUUAUGACUGAUACGGUCAACAUGUUGAUGCACACUCAAGCAGUGGUCCCAACAGUUGAACAGCUCUCGGCCAUAGAGAAGUUGAAACAGAUUCACAAAGAGCAGGAUCAGAGGGAAUUUGUAGCUGAUGCUAACAGGAUGCAUGAGAGCAUUAAGGAUUACGUCCCUAAUGUAAACGAAAAAUCUGUGCUGAAAGGGAUGAACUUUUCUCAGAAGAAACAGAACUGUGAUGGUUUGAAAGUUGAGAAUAGUGGUAAAUCUGAGAAUAAGAAGUAUUGCCUGCGAAGUGUAAAAGCUGAUUGUGAAACAAAGAAAGACGGAGAGGAUAGUAGUUCUCGUUUUGGGAAGGAUAGGUCUGAAGGAUUUGAAGAAGCAGAUGGUGGUGCUCUAUGGGAUGUCUUUAGGAGGCAAGAUGUUCCUAAAUUGGAGGAAUAUCUCAGGAAACACUUCAGGAAAUUUAGGCACAUAUAUGGCUCACCGUUGCCGCAGGUUGUUCAUCCCAUUUUUGAUGAAACUUUCUACUUGACCACUGAGCAUAAAAGGAGGCUAAAGGAAGAAUAUGGAAUUGAACCGUGGACAUUUAUUCAAAAAUUAGGUGAAGCUGUUUUCGUUCCUGCUGGAUGUCCUCAUCAAGUUAGAAAUUUAAAGUCCUGUAUCAAUGUUGCUGUUGAUUUUAUUUCUCCUGAAAAUGUGAAUGAGAGCAUCCGUUUGACUGAGGAGCUUCGCAAGAUUCCCAGAAAUCAUGAAGCUAGGGAAGACAAGUUGGGGGUAAAGAAAAUAAUUGUUCAUGCAAUGAGCCAAGCGGUGAAUCAAUUGGAGAAGACACUAUUGAACUCUGAAGCAGGCAUCGGUACAGGAUUAUCCUUAUCACGUUCGAUCAGCAGAAGUAUAAAUUCUAUGCCAGGACCAAGUACACCAAAAUCUUCCUCCUCCGUUUCGGAAGAUCUAUCUAGUCGCAAGACUGCCAAAAGAGAAGAAUAUGUUGUUCCAACUGAGAAUGAGAAACCAAGAACUGCUGAAGUUAACCUACGUUCUCCGCUUCCAGUUCUUGAUCAUCCGUCUUCAUCAAACAAGGCCAUGCCAGGACCAAGUAUGCCAAAAUCUUCCUCCGUUUCGGAAAAUCUAUCUAGUAGCAAGACUACCAGAAGAGAAGAAUAUGUUGCUCCAAGUGAGAAUGAGAAACCAAGAACUGCUGAAGUUAAUCGACGUUCUCCGUAUCCAGUUCUUGAUCACCUGUCUUCAGCAAACAAGGCUAUGCCAGGACCAAGUAUGCCAAAAUCUUCCUCCGUUUCGGAAGAUCUAUCUAGUAGCAAGACUGUCAAAAUUGAAGAAUAUGUUCCCCCAAGUGAGGAUGAGAAACCAAGAACUACUGAAGUUAAUGUACAUUCUCUGCUUCCAGUUCUUUCAGCUAACAAGGCUCAAGAAAACACAUCGGUUCCUAGUCAAGAGUUGAAGCAGUUCAUCGAUAUAGAGGACGUUGAAUCAACUUUCCACACGGUUCAGUCAUUCUUGAAGUCUUUACCAGAGCAGUAUCCCAGCCAACAAUCCGGCCUCCAGAGCAAUAGUACUUCUUCAGCCCAAACACUUGCAAAGUUGAUAUUUGAAUGUUCAAUCAGACUACCUUUGGAGGCAUUGGCUCAUGAUCCGAUAAAUGAAAAAGAAAUGCAUGGUGCAAUUGCUGCUUUAAAUGAAAAUCCCUCAUCAUUGUUUAGCGAUGAACAAGCCAAGCAAUUGGUAAAACUCAAGUAUGAAUUCCCUGUCAUGGUUAAGAAAUGGAGGGACUUGGCACGAGCUGAAUUAAGUUACCAGGAAUGCUUGACCAACUUAAAAGAGGACAGGAAAAAACUGGAUAAUUGGAUUAGAUCAGAAGCAAUGUUGAAGUCGGAGUAUGAUAAAAAGGAGGAACAAGCUAGGGAGUUGGAAGCAUUACUUCAAGAUAUAAGGACCAGACAGAAAGAAAUCAUGGAUGAACGACAAGAAGGGUCUAAAGAAGCUCAAAAACUCAUGUUGUUAGCUCAAGAAAAAUCUGUCAGGAUAGAAAGCACUAGCAAUGAAUUGGCAACAACAAAGAUGCAGAUGGAUGGCUUAAGGAAAAAUUGGUCCAACUUUCAGUCUACAUUCCCAUACAUUUUGGAAGGUGGAGUUAUAGUUCAUCUUGAUUCUGCUGUACGAGCUUACAAUGAAUCAGCAUUGGCUAGAAUGGUAAAAUUAUUUGGAUCUUUGAUUUUUCUUCCACUUCAACUUGAGAUCGAAGCAAAGAAAAAGGAGCAGGAACAAGAUCUUGUCGUCUCCCGCAAGGAAGAUUCUGCAACAAAAUCAAUUGAAUAG